ACUUUCCGUCCUCUAAAACGUUGAGGGGCCCUUCGGUGAGAGGCUCGCCAGGCGCGCGGGAAACGUUUGGCGUGGUCAAUGGCGCGUCCCCGCGGCCGAAUGGGCUUGGCCACGCCCCGCCCUGAGCCCAGCAGUAGAGGCCACCCCGCCCGUUGGGCGGCCCCGGCCGCGCGCGGUCCCUACCCAUCCCGAGUCCGGCGGGUUGUUCCCCGCUAGUCACGCCCAACCCGACCCGCCUUUCCUUCGCUGCGGCCGGGACGCGCUCCUGGGCCGAGGCUGAAACUGCGGCUUAGCUGCCCUUCAGCCUGGAGCCAUGGCCGUCUCGGAAGAGUCGCAGCACCUGCUCUUUCAUUCUCACGUGGCAUUCAGAACAGCUUCUAUGCCCUCAGAAGCAUGUGAAGUUGAAGAGAGAAAAAGAGAAAAUAUCCGAUCCUUGACUAUGUGUGGCCAUGUUGGUUUUGAGAGUUUGCCUGAUCAGCUGGUUAAUAGAUCCAUUCAGCAAGGCUUCUGUUUUAAUAUUCUCUGUGUUGGGGAAACUGGAAUUGGAAAAUCGACACUGAUUAACACAUUGUUUAAUACUAAUUUUGAAGAACAUGAAGCCUCACAUUUUUGCUCAAAUGUUAGACUUAGAGCUCAGACAUAUGAACUCCAGGAAAGUAAUGUUCGAUUGAAACUGACCAUUGUGAAUACAGUGGGAUUUGGUGACCAAAUAAAUAAAGAAGAGAGCUACCAGCCAAUAGUUGACUACAUAGAUGCUCAGUUUGAGGCCUAUCUCCAAGAAGAACUGAAGAUCAAGCGCUCUCUCUUCAACUACCAUGAUUCUCGCAUCCACGUGUGCCUCUAUUUCAUCGCCCCAACAGGCCACUCUCUGAAGACACUUGACCUCUUAACCAUGAAGAACCUGGACAGCAAGGUGAACAUUAUUCCGGUGAUUGCCAAAGCAGAUACAAUUUCUAAAUCUGAAUUACAGAAAUUUAAGAUCAAGCUCAUGAGUGAAUUGGUCUGCAAUGGUGUCCAGAUAUACCAGUUCCCAACAGAUGAUGAUACUAUUGCUAAAAUCAAUGCUGCAAUGAAUGAACAGUUGCCAUUUGCUGUUGUGGGAAGUAUGGAUGAGGUAAAAGUUGGAAACAAGAUGGUCAGAGCUCGUCAGUACCCUUGGGGUAUUGUACAAGUGGAAAAUGAAAACCACUGUGACUUUGUAAAGUUGCGAGAAAUGCUCAUUUGUACAAACAUGGAGGACCUACAGGAGCAGACUCACAUUAGGCACUAUGAGCUCUAUAGGCGUUGCAAACUGGAGGAAAUGGGCUUUACAGAUGUGGGCCCUGAAAACAAGCCUGUCAGUGUUCAAGAGACCUACGAAGCCAAAAGACAUGAAUUGUAUGGUGAGCGUCAGAGAAAAGAAGAAGAAAUGAAGCAGAUGUUUGUGCAGCGAGUAAAGGAGAAAGAAGCCAUAUUGAAAGAGGCUGAAAGAGAGCUGCAGGCCAAAUUUGAGCACCUUAAAAGAGUUCACCAAGAAGAAAGACUAAAACUUGAAGAAAGGAGAAGAGCUUUGGAAGAAGAAAUGAUCCAUUUUUCUAAAAGGAAAUCUAGCUGUGACAUAUUCCUGAACCAAUCCUUUAUGGCAUCGGGUAGUAACAUUAAGAAGGACAAGGACCGCAAGAACCCCAAUUUUAUGUAACAGGAGUUCCAGAGCACAGAAGGUCAUCACAAGCAAAAGUAAAAUGUUAUAAGUAUGCUUUGAUAUUCUUGUUUUUAUUUGCUUUAUCACUAAUUAUAUAUCUGGCAAAUGUCCACUGUUACUGACAUUUAUGGAAAAAUACUUUUGAGUAUAAGGUUAAUACAUAAGCCAAAGUAGAUAUUACUUAGAUAUUCACUGCUGUUAGAAGUCUCAAGGUGCUGUUUUGCAAUGAAUCUAGGUAUCUUCUCCUACUGCCAAGUUAUUUUCACUUAGUCACAUUUUAUGCCAAAGAGCAAAGACUGAGUGCCAUUGAAAAUACAGAACUCCUUCAUACUGUGGCUGAUUACAUUUAUAUUCCAGGAUGAACUUUUCCAUAUACACUAAACAAAUAAACAAAAAAGUGGGGGAAUGUGUUUUAGAAUGUAUUAUAUGGCUCAAACUCUAACCUCUCAAUAGUUUUAUAGAAUUAUAAAAUUUUGUUACAGUUAUCCCAUUGGUAAUAUUCUAACCCUUUGUGUCAGAUUAUAUAACAGAAUGACUUUUUGUGCUUGAGUAUGCCUUGUUGUGGUUGACAUAUUGCUGUAAUGAAACAAAAUAUGUUGAAAAGUUAAAACAUUCAGGUUUUAGCUUUUUACCUAGUGAUACCUCUGAACCUGGGUGUAUCAUUCUAUUUUCAUUAGGAUAGCUUACUGCUUGUUUAAAACUGUCUUUCAGGGGAAAAAAUAAGAAGGUUAAAUCAAUUUUAUUAAAAAUAUUUCUUUAAACUAAACUAUGAACUUCUGAAUGUUAAAAACAUAAAAAAUUCUUAUUUCAAGGGAUACUUGUAUUCAGUGCCUUAGUAUUUUCACAGCAUAUUAAUGGUUCUAACUUUCAUAAUGGUCAUAGGUGUAUAAGUUUUCAUUUUUGUACUUGAAUAUUCUAAAUAAAACCGAUAUUCUCG